AUGCUGUACACUACAUACCACAAAGGUCAGCAGCAGACGGGCAAGUUUAAGGAUAAUAUCCGGUUCUUGCCUGCACCUGUUGGAGACCUCUUGCUGAACUACUUGGUGGUUGUUAUCCCGCUCCUCCAGGUCUUCCUCCGCCGGUCUGCCCCGCAUGCUAUUAUCUCUCCGUACUUGUAG